AGGCGUGUAGUAAGUCAGUCAGUGUCGUGUUGCUGGACGGAAAGUAGGCAGACAGGCAUGUUGCUGUGUUUUUAAACGGCGUAUUGUCUCAACCCGGGGACUCGAUGUACUGCUGGCCGGACUGGUUAUUUUUUGUUAAAACGCAGCAAAGAGGGGAUCCGGCGACCGACCGACCGCUGCCUGCAUCUCGCAGCCGCCUGUCCUGUCAUCACCUGCGGCUCGCUGUUAACGGACUGUCUGCUGGAUUGGAUGCUGAUCUGCAGAGCGUUGGAAAAGUUAUCUUGGGGCGUCUGAACUCUGAUUUAAAAACAGACGCCAGUGAGCUGCAUGUGGAGUUUCAAUCUGUUUAUGGAUAAUUGCCUCAUCUACCAAUGAAAGAUUUCAGCGUAUAAUGGAGUAUCGCCGGACUCUGCUUUCACUACAGCUUCUAUUUGCAUUGCAGAGUUUGGCAUAUGGAUCUCGACCCAGGUUAGAGGAUGCUGCUCCACGAAUUGUUGAACACCCAUCUGAUCUGAUUGUGUCCAAGGGGGAGCCAGCCACCCUCAACUGCAAGGCAGAGGGGCGUCCGAUUCCCAUGGUAGAAUGGUACAAAGAUGGUGAGCGAGUCGAGACAGACCGCGAGGACCCUCGCUCUCACAGGAUGCUCUUACCCAGCGGGUCCCUUUUCUUCCUGCGAAUCGUACAUGGCCGGCGAAGUAAACCUGAUGAGGGGGUCUAUGUGUGCGUGGCCCGUAAUUACCUGGGUGAGGCCGUCAGUCGAAAUGCAUCGCUGGAAGUGGCAAUUCUACGAGACGACUUCCGUCAGACACCCAGUGAUGUGGUGGUUGCAGCGGGUGAGCCAGCUGUCAUGGAGUGUAUCCCUCCCAGAGGCCAUCCCGAGCCAACCAUUUCAUGGAAGAGGAAUAACGUUCGGGUCAAUGACAGAGAUGACAGGAUUACGAUCCGAGGUGGCAAGCUGAUGAUUUCCAACACCAGGAAAAGUGAUGCUGGCAUGUAUGUUUGUGUUGGCACCAAUAUGGUCGGCGAGAAAGACAGUGAUCCAGCCGAAUUGGUCGUGUUUGAGAGGCCGGUGUUCACAAAGCAGCCAGUGAACCAGGUGGUGUUGGCUGACGAUACGGUGGAUUUUUUCUGCGAGGUACAUGGGGAUCCAACUCCGACUGUCCGCUGGCGAAGAGAGGAAGGGGAGUUACCACGGGGCAGAUUUGACAUCCGCAGUGAUAACAGUCUGCGCCUGAGCCAGGUGCGAGCCGAGGAUGAGGGCACUUACACGUGUGUGUCAGAGAACAGUGUGGGCAAAGCCGAGGCGGGAGCUACUCUACAAGUGCACGUGCCUCCUCAGAUUGUUGUGCGACCACGGGACCAGAUCACAGCACCAGGUCGCACUGUAACCUUCCUCUGUGGCACGAAAGGAAACCCUCCACCUGCUGUCUUUUGGCAAAAAGAAGGAAGCCAGAUGUUAUUAUUCCCCAUCCAAGAGCAGUCACAACCAGGACGCUUUUCUGUGUCGCUUAGCGGUGAGCUCACCAUCACGGAUGUUCGCAGUGAGGACUCGGGCUAUUACAUCUGUCAGGCCAUCAGUGUGGCGGGAAGCAUACUUACCAAAGCCCUUCUGGAGGUGGAAAGCACACCUUCAGAUCACGUCCCUCCAAUCAUUCGCCAAGGACCAGCAAAUCAUACUUUUGCACCAGGUUCCACAGCACAGUUACAUUGCCACAUCAUGGGCAACCCAACUCCCAGCAUCCAAUGGGAGAAGGACGGCCAAAGGAUUCUAAUAAGCGAUGGUCGAAUCAGCCUGAUGGAGAAUGGCACCUUCCAAAUACAUAAUCUUCAGGAAACCGACUCUGGUGUUUACACCUGCCUGGCUUCCAGCUCCAGCGGCGAGACAAGCUGGAGUGGAGUGCUCACAGUCAAAGAGAAUGCAGACCCCUCAGUUAUUCAGACCACCGAGCCUUUCCAGUUGCCUGGUCCCCCACACAAGCCCAUUGUCACAGAUGUUUCCAAGAACAGUGUCUCGCUAACUUGGCAACCCAAUGCUCACGAGGGCGGAGCUGCAGUUACCUCCUACAUCAUCGAGGCCUUCAGCCAAGCGGCCGGCAGCACUUGGCAAACUGUAGCCGACAUGGUGAAAAUAGAAACACACACAAUCACUGGCCUCCUCCCCAACACCAUCUACUUGUUCAUUGUCCGAGCUGUCAACGCCUACGGCCUGAGCGACCCCAGCCCCAUCUCGGAGCCUGUCAGAACGCAAGACGUGAGUCCGACAGGUCAGGGAGUGGACCACAGGCAGGUGCAGAGAGAGCUGGGGGAGGUCGCAGUCCAACUACAGGAGCCCAUCAGAAUGACCACAUCCUCUAUCCGAGUCUCCUGGACUGUCGAUCGCCAGUCUCAGUUUGUGCAGGGCUACCGCAUCUUCUACUGCCCCAGUGGGGGGACUUGGCUUCUCCAAGAUAUUAACUCUCCUUCUGAGCGUAGCACCGUCCUGACCAGCCUCCUCAAAGGAACGGAGUACGAGAUAAAGAUUCGGCCUUAUUUUGACGAAUUUCAGGGGAAGGACAGUCGUACAAUACGGGUUCGAACCCCAGAAGAAGUGCCGAGUGCCCCACCGAGAGCUGUAGCAGUGGCAACAGUGAAGCAAAGCAACAUCUCCAGCAUCAGUGUCUCAUGGGAGCCCCCACCCAGCGACAUGCAGAACGGCAUCAUCCAAGAGUAUAAGGUUUGGUGUGUGAGCAGCGGCAGCAACAACCAGACACGCUACUACAUCAACAAGACCGUAGACGGGAACACUCUGUCCACUGUUCUGAAAGGUCUGAUGCCCAGAGUACUGUACCAGGUCGAGGUGGCGGCUGUUACAGGUGCUGGUGUUGGCACCCGCAGUCCGCCUGUGCCCAUCCUCAUCGAGACGGCAGCUGAACAGCCCACGGUGCCUGGCAGCGUCGGUGACGAGGAGGCCAACGUGAGUCUGGCCGAGCAGAUUACGGAUGUGGUCAAGCAGCCGGCGUUCAUAGCAGGUAUCGGCGGAGCCUGCUGGGUCAUCCUCAUGGGCUUCAGCGUCUGGAUCUACUGCCGACGUAAAAAGAGAAAGGAGCUGAGCCACUACGCCGCCUCCUUCGCUUACACACCAGCAGUUGGCUUUCCUUGUGGAGAGGCAUCUGGACUCAAUGGAAGGCCGGGCGUGCUGGGAGGCAACAUGGGCAACUACCCGUGGCUGGCAGACUCUUGGCCCACCACCAAUCUGGUCCACAGCGGUAAAGAGGCUGUCAACUGCUGCACCACCAGCCACGACACAGCUGAAAGAUAUUACAAUGAAGCAGGCAUCUCCAACUACCUGAAUCAAACUGAGAAGUACAGCAUGGGCGGCUCCACGGAAGGACCCAUUUACAGCACCAUCGACGCCACCAACGAGGACCUGCACAGCUUCACCUACGCUCAGCACACCUCCACCACUCCCUACGCUUCCACCUCCGUCAUGCCUUUCUCGAACCAGACGCAGGGCGCACCACAUGGUGGCGAGCAGCAGGAUGACGGACACUGGAUCACCCAGCAUGGACCCUCUGGAGCUCAGUACGCUCAGCCGGACCGCUGCAAUGGUAAGCCAAAGCAGAAGGCCAUGGGUAAGGCUGUUAAGACCCCAUCUCUGACAUGGAUGGAGACCUUGCCCCCACCUCCCCCGGUUGGAGAGCUGGAACAGUGUGACCAAGACGAAAAGCCCCCAGUGCACGAGGACAUGGACGUAGGCUCAAGUGAGGAGUGGUGUCCUCCCCUCCCGGAGAGGACCUACCUGAUGGAGGACUGCGAAGAUGGCCCCUGCCAGAAAAACGCCUCCUCUCCAGCAACCUCUUACAGUCACCAGUCGACCGCCACGCUCACCCCAUCUCCCCACGAGGAGUUUCGAGCGAACCACGACCUGCCCCGCCUCAACCAACAGGACAGCCAGCAUCUGUCACGCAGAAGGUUACCAUGUGGUCCAGUGCCAGUUCCCCAGGCACCAAGUCCACCACUCACACAGUCCAACUAUUCUAGCCAACAACAUGUUGGCUCAUCAGAGGUUGGCCCAGCCAGUCCUGCCCCGCACUGCCUUCAUAGCCAGGGGGCGUCUCCCAACGACGAUGACGUCAACACUACACCCGUGCACAGUCACCCAUCCCCAGCCGAUACAUGGUCUCCCUCCAACCAAAAAGUUCGAGUGAAAAAAAAGGCUUCCAAGAGUUCAGCAUACAGGAGAGAAAUACAAGGAGACCUCCCUCCACCUCCAGAACCACCCCCAGAGGACGACAGGUUGCAGGGCUCACGGAGGGGCAUGGAGGCCAACAAAGUGACGAAUGGCUCCCUGUCCUCCCUGGAGAGGAGUGAAUACAGCAGCGGCAGCCACCAACGCAAAGGCUCUGGACAAAGACAUGCUGAAACUGCACAUGCCUACCUUCCCAGAAGUCACAUGUCCAGUAACUGCUCGACCACGGGAAGUUCAUCAUCCCGAGGCUCUACAGGCUCCCGAGGGGUCAACAACGCCACCAGGAAGUACAGUGAGGAAAGAUAAGGCUGUCUGGAGGUGAACCCACGAUGCUUCCAUCCUUUACCACCUUCCAGCUGUGGAUAUCUAAACGAGACUCAUGUCACGAUGCUGUGAACAAACAAACAAAAACAGACUCCACAUCAUGCUUUUGGUAUUACUAUGAUUAUUUAUGAGCUGCGCAAUUCACUCCCGUCCCGUCCCCGUGUAAAUACCUGUGUCUGUACUGUUCUCAUGUGGGCUCUGGAUACAGGGAAAGAGACAUUUGUUGUAUUUAUGAGUAAAAAAAACAAACAAAAAACUACAAAUAGUCUGUUACUAUAAAAUACAAAGCCCAACUCCUCUGAAUGUGCCAACGUUUUUGGUCAAAAUGUACAGUAGACAUUUUGUGGAAAGGCAUUAACGACUGCUGUGAUGGCCAAACAACAGAAAAUAAGCACAAAGGAAAAGCCAAAACGUGCAGGUUCUUGCUCCGGGAAGAAUGCUCUGGUCCGCCCGGGACUCCUGCCCCCGUGCAGUCCAAUCGAAUGUUUCUUGGUUUUUGUUGGUUUAUGUGCAACAGAACGGUGCGGUGUGCUCGCAGACAGACAGGCUUUAUAAAGGUUUGAUUGUAAUCCCGCCCCUUCCUCCAUCUUCACGUUCAUGUGAGGGACGGUGUGCUGCAAGUUGUGGGAUUUAUACGUGUGUGCCACUUCCAAAAUGAACAAAAAAAUGUCUGUUAACUGACUUUUUGUACUCUUGUUGUUUUGUAAAUGUACAAUAAAAUACAUUUGCUGA